AUGAAUAUUGAGAAAUGGAACCUAGUGGAAGAAAGUGCACUCAGACAAAAAUCUAGAGCUAAAUGGAUAAAGCUUGGAGACAACAAUAACAAAUAUUUUUCAGCAAUGAUCAAGGAGAGAACGAAUCAGAAAAUGAUGCUAGAACUCACUUCACUCAAUGGAAUAAGCCUCAAAACAUCAGCAGUUAUUAAGGAGGAAGUCACUCAGUUCUAUAAAGCUCUCAUGGGAUCUAGCAGUACAGAAUUACAAGCUGUUGAUAAGAAGACUAUGAGGAGAGAAGCUACACUCACAUAUGAACAAGAAGCUGAAUUAUGUAGAGAUAUUACAGAUGAAGAAAUCUGGAAUGCAUUAGCUUCUAUUGGGGAUGAUAAAUCACCUGGAGUAGAUGGAUACAAUGCCUAUUUUUAUAAGAAGACUUGGAGCAUCACCAAAGAUGAGAUACUAAUAGCCAUCAAAUAG